AUGCCUAUCCACAUCCUCAUCACAGGCAAGUCGUCCAACUCACUCAUGUCUCAAGAAGAUACUCAUUCUUCUACAGGAGCCAACACUGGCAUCGGCUAUGCUACAGCAAAGCUUCUUGCAUCUAUCCCAGACCACCACAUCAUCCUAGCCUGUCGAGACCGCUUGAAAGGCGAGGCUGCUGUGCAAGAUCUGGAGAAGACCAGCACAUUCCCCAUCUCCGUCUCUACUCUGCACAUCGACGUCAACGAUGCGAAAUCGAUCGAAUCUGCAGCAAAAGCUACUGCAGCCCAGUUCGGCAAGUUAGAUAUCCUCAUCAACAACGCUGGAAUCUACAAUCCUCAGCACAACCUCGAGACCGAACUCGCCGACUCUUUUAGAACGAAUGUCAUCGGACCUGCGCUAAUGACCGAGCACUUCAAACCACUUCUGUUGAAAGCGCCAAAUCCUUACCUUCUACACAUUGGUAGCGCCCUAGGAUCACUGACCCUCACGGCCGACUCGAACAAGCUGGAUUCGAGCCUGAAAUGUCCAGGAUACAAGACCAGCAAGGCCGCACUGGCGAUGCUGAGCAUCAUGCAUGCCGGAGAGCUAGGUCCGCAGGGGAUCAAGGUCUUUCUCGUUCAUCCCGGCUUGAUAGAGUCUGGACUCAGGGGUCCAGAUGAGAACGCCAGGACGGCAGGUGGGAGAGCUUUGAAGCCGGUGGCAGCUGCUGGUUUCAUUGAGGAUAUAUUGAGCGGGAAGAGGGACAAGGAUGUCGGGAAGUGUGCGCAUAAAGAUGGGAUAUGGCCUUGGUGA